GGCGCGUUAGUCUUUGCCCCGACACCGAACCGUCCGCUUCGGUCCCGCGUUUCGUUUCCCGCCUUUUUCCUUUUUCGCGCGCUUUUGUGUUUGUCUUUGCGGCCAGUAUUUUUGUCGCUGUGCAAGUUUAAAUUUGGAAUAUUGGAACAAGAUGGAAGUAGGCGUGCGGAUAGUGGGCGUGAUCCUUCGUCUGAUAAACUUCCUUCUGCACCCUCUGUUCUGGCUGGCGUCCGCCCGUGGCCCGAAGCUGCGGGUGCCUCCACCGAAACCCUUGCACCUUCGAAGCGCCGCCGACCUAGCCCGAGCCGUCAGAGAUGGAGAGAUGACAAGUCAAGAACUAGUGACAGCUUUCAUCGAGCGUGUCAAAGAGGUGAAUCCGAUCCUCAACGCCGUAGUCGGCGAGAGGUAUGCAUCAGCUCUCGCGGAAGCAAAGGAGGUGGACCGACAGAUAGAAGAGGCGAGAAGAAAUGGGAAGUCUCAAGAGAUCUUCCAGAAGAAACCGCUGCUGGGCGUUCCUUUUACGGUUAAAGAGAGCUGCUCUCUUGCUGGUAUGUCAAACUCUGUUGGCUGCCUGGAGAACGCCGGGAGCCGUGCCACGACGGACGGCGCGGCCGUCAGACUGGUCAAAGAAGCUGGUGCCAUACCGCUACUAGUGUCUAAUACUCCAGAACUCUGCCUUGGGUGGGAGACGACUAACCUGCUCAACGGGACGACGAAUAAUCCUUAUUGUAUUAGCCAUACGCCGGGCGGAUCGUCGGGUGGUGAGGGCGCUCUGCUGGCGUGCGGUGCAUCGGUAUUCAGCGUGGCUUCAGAUAUCGCUGGCUCCAUUCGGCUGCCGGCUGCGUUCUGUGGCGUUUUUGGACAUAAGCCUACACCAGGCAUCAUCCCAAUAGAAGGCCACAUCCCCACCCUGAAUGACGAGAACUACCCCAAAUUCCUGACAGUCGGGCCCAUGACGAGAAAAGCAGAAGAUUUACCCCUCCUCCUCAACAUAAUGGCUGGAGAAAACAGAAGCAAGUUCAGAUUGGACGAGCCAGUGGAUAUUAAUAAGCUUAAGGUGUUAUACAUGACGGAAGCGACAGACGCCAUGCCGCUGCUGCCGGUGCACGGCGGCAUCAAGCAGGCCGUGCGCGCCGCCGCCCGGUACUUAGGGGAGUGCGGCGCCGCCGUCAGCCAGGAAAAGUUUGAAGAGCUGGAAAACUCGGUGGAAUUAUCAAUAUCAGUAUUCUUUUCUAUGAAAGAUAUACCGAACAUGCUGCAAGAUCCGACUAAUCCGAAGCGUCAACGCAGCCUCCUAGUAGAACUACUAAAACACAUAGUCGGUGGCGCGACACGCUCGCUACAAGCACUGGGAUUCACUCUCAUAGACAAAACCAACUUAUUUAUACCUCAACAUAGGCGGAGCCAUUACUGCGAGAGGGCGGACAAGCUUAAAGAACACAUAACGCGGACCCUGGGCACGGACGGGGUAUUCCUGUACCCAGUCUUCACUGGCCCUGCUCACCGCCACCACGAGGUGUUCUCCAGGGCGUCGGGGGUGCUCUACACCAUGCUGUUCAACGUGCUGGGGCUGCCCGCCACCGCCGUGCCUGUGGGGCUGUGCGGGGACCUGCCACUCGCCAUACAGGUGAUCGCAGGACCGAAUCAAGACCGGUUGUGCAUCGCGGUCGCUAAACAACUGGAGAUCGGCUUCGGGGGAUGGAGGCAUCCUCGACACUAGGCCAAGGUGGCAGGCAAAGCGAAUACAACUACGAGGAAAUAAAGGAAUAACUACAAGAUACAUCAUUAUUAUAGCCCGACAAACCAAUUUGUGAGGAGAAAAAGGCGCGAAAUUCAAAUGUUGCAUGAGAGAUAGAAGGCUACAUUUUCUUUGGCGUCAUUCUACUGACAAAAAUGGUUUGUCAGGCUAUACUUAUCAAAUCUAGCAUUUACCACGUGAUAAACCUUAAUUUUAUUAUUAAGAAAAAAACGUAGCUAAAGCCCCUCUUACAUGUGAUGUAUUACAAAAAACGCAUAUAAAUUAGCAUUGACAACUAUUCAGUUUAAAAUCUUCAUGAUAACCUUAUGGACGCUACGCCUAUAGGCCCCGUGUAUGAACUUUAGGAAAGCAGCAUAUGAGCCGUCAGAUUUUUGGCGCGAGGCGUAAAUGCGUCGUUUAUGCUUCCGAUGUAGCGCACAAGAUGGCAGAACCUAUUAAUGCACAAGGAAACCUACCGACGAGAACGGUAGAUGGUAGCACUUGCUUUGGCAAUGUACAUGUGUACAUAUGUUUCCGAUUCAGGCCACAAGAUGGCAGAUCCUGCAACGCGCACGGUCCCUAUUACUUAUUAUAAUUCGACAAGAUAAAUUACUGUUCUUACCUAAGAAAAUAAUAAGAUCUCAAUUUAUUUUCUUAAUUUACUUGUAAAAGAAGGGCUUUAGUUUAGUUUUUUAUAUACACGCCUUUUGACAAAAUAUAUUAGGCGGCGUAAAAUGUUGACUGUUAAAAAAUAUUGUUUAUGUAACUUAUGUCAAUAUUGUCAAAUAGUUGUUAUGAGUUUCAAGAGCAAUGGAAAACGGGUCACUUGACUUGGGAGUUAUCAUAGUGUACCGUUUUUAUGUUCUUGUUCAUUAUUCAGUACUGUCCAGUAUGUUACUAUUUAUUUUAAUUUUGUUCGUAAUGCAGUCAGUAUUGAUAGUACUUUUUUUUAGAACAUAGGCAUUCGUAAUAUAUUUUCUGUUUAUUCAGUAAGCAGCUUUAUUAUAUAGCAAUCACAAAAACAACUAUUAAUUGAGGGUUCAACUUCAUUUAUGUAUUUACUUAGUUUGUACACUGAUUGUACAAGGAUUUUUAUAAAGUUUGCGUCAAUCACUUUCAUGUUUUCUAGAUCUAAAGAGGUUCCCAAAUGCAGGCGUGAUUCACUCCGCGAUUUCAUCGCGUCGCUACAAGUACAUGCGGCCAGUGGCCUAGCUAGCAUGGGUGGCACCCGGUGCGGAAAUUGUGGGUGUCACCCCAAAAUUCAAUCAAAAUUGUAAAAUAUAUUUAAAAAGACUAAUUGUAAUUUUUGUUAAAUAGCUC